AGUGGGAAUAGAGAAUAGACAGUAGAAGGGAAUGAAAUAGGAGAGCGGGAAAGACAUGGGAGACUGGAGAGAGCAAUUGGAAGCGAAGGCAAUGAGUUCCAAAGACAGUUGCAGAAGCGAGCUUCGCAUUGCCAUUCGCCAACUCGGCGAUCGAUGCCUCUACUCUGCUUCUAAAUGGGCAGCAGAACAGUUGGUGGGUAUUGAGGCAGACAAUGCUAAGUUCACUCCUUCGAAUACGAGGUUCCAUCGUGGGAGUUCAAGCAUUCGCCGCAAGUACAGGACACACGAGACCGCGGUUACCCCGGUCGUGGGUGUUUCCUAUGAUGCCACACCUGUGUUGGAGGAGGAUGAACUUGUAGAUGGUGAUUUUUACCUUCUGGCAAAGUCCUAUUUCGAUUGCCGUGAGUAUAAGAGAGCUGCUCAUGUUCUUCGCGAUCAAAUGGGAAGGAAAUCGGUGUUCUUGCGCUGUUAUGCUCUCUAUCUGGCUGGAGAAAAGCGAAAAGACGAAGAGACGAUAGAACUUGAGGGGCCUUUGGGUAAGAGUGAUGCUAUCAAUCAUGAAUUGGUUUCUUUGGAGAGAGAGUUGUCAACACUUCACAAGAAUGGCCAAGCAGAUCCUUUUUGUUUGUAUUUAUAUGGUCUUGUGCUCAAACAGAAAGGCAAUGAGAGCCUUGCACGUGUUGUUCUUGUAGAAUCUGUGAAUAGCUACCCUUGGAACUGGAAUGCCUGGACGGAGCUGCAAUCCUUGUGCAAAAAAGUUGAUACCUUGAAUAGUCUUAAUCUCAAUAGUCAUUGGAUGAAGGACUUUUUCCUUGCCAGUGUUUACCAAGAAUUAAGGAUGUAUAAUGACUCUCUGUCCAAGUAUGAAUAUCUACUAGGAACCUUUGGUUAUAGUAAUUACAUACAGGCACAAAUUGCAAAAGCCCAGUACAGUUUGAGGGAAUUUGAUCAAGUUGAAGCAAUAUUUGAAGAACUGUUGAAGAAUGAUCCUUAUAGAGUGGAAGACAUGGACAUGUAUUCCAAUGUGCUAUAUGCUAAGGAAUGUUCUGCUAGUUUGAGUUAUCUUGCCCAUAGAGUAUUCAUGACUGAUAAAUACAAACCUGAGUCUUGUUGUAUUAUUGGGAAUUAUUACAGUUUAAAGGGGCAGCAUGAGAAGUCAGUUGUGUAUUUCAGGAGAGCCCUUAAAUUGGACAAAAAUUAUUUAACUGCUUGGACACUCAUGGGUCAUGAGUUUGUUGAGAUGAAAAACACUCCUGCUGCUGUGGAUGCCUAUCGUCGAGCUGUAGAUAUAGAUUCGUGUGAUUACCGUGCUUGGUAUGGACUUGGACAGGCCUAUGAGAUGAUGGGCAUGCCUUUUUAUGCACUUCAUUACUUCAAAAAAUCUGUAUUAUUGCAGCAAAAUGAUUCUCGGCUGUGGAUUGCAAUGGCUCAGUGUUAUGAAACUGAUCAACUUCGCAUGCUUGAUGAUGCAAUAAAGUGUUACAAAAGGGCAGUAAAUUGUAAUGACAGAGAAGCAAUUGCUCUGCAUCAGCUAGCAAAGCUGCACUCGGAGCUAGGGCACACUGAAGAGGCUGCAUUUUACUACAAAAAGGAUUUAGAGAGGAUGGAAUCUGAAGAUAGAGAAGAACCUACAAUGAUUGAGGCUUUGCUCUAUCUUGCAAAAUAUUACAGAGAACAGCAAAAAUUUGAAGAAGCGGAUGUUUACUGUACACGUCUUGUGGACUAUACUGGCCCGGAGAGAGAAACAGCAAAAAGUUUACUUAGAGGAAUGCAAUUAACACAAUCAAGUUUCCCUUCCAUGGAUGUUGAGCACUUUCCUCCCUAAUUUCUCUUGAUGGAGAUUGGUGUUCUAUGCCGCAUUUAUCAGUUUUGUUAAUUGUGGACCUUAAUAUUGCGCAAAAUUGUGGAUAAAUGUGGUAGAUACAGCUGCAAUUGCAGUUGGGAUGCAGUUACGGAAUCCCCAGAAACCUUGAUCUUGCUGUUAUUAUUGCAGAUUUGUGGUUGUGGAUCACAGUUUAAACACAAAGGGAAACCUAAUAAACAUGUGUGAACUGUGAAAUAGAAGGGGUGAGAGAGGUGGCAAAGGGAAAUUACCUGAGAGGGUUAUGGAAAAUGAACCAGCAGUUGUUAGUAACCAUUAGGAUGCAACUUCAUUCAUGGUGUACUAUUUGGUACUAACAUUGAUCCCACAUUGUACAUGAUUUGAGAUUCAACUUUCCUUCGAAUUAUUUGUGUAGGAUUUGUAUAUUUGUGUGUUUGUGUGUGUAUAUAUAUAUAUAUAUAUAUAUAGAUAUUGUCUUUAAUUCCUUUAUUUCAGCAUGAUCACUUUAAACCUACAUCUGUAACCAACAAGAUUGGGCUUUGAUUGGAAUAGAAGACCAGUUUAUCUUAAGAGGUUAAAUAACUUAUUAAGUUGAAUUAAGUAGUCAGGUUUGUUUGAGGUGAUUUACUUCCUUUG